AGCAAAACCAAAGCUGAACCAAAAAGCAACGCAACAAACUACGGUACCUACCAAACACUAUCACUAUGAAGACCAAAUGCGUUCCCACCCCUGUCGUCCGCAUCGUUAAGUGCGAUUGUGGCAAGUUCGAAGCCAAGGCAGAGAAUGAAUCCUUCCAAUCCGUGAUUUGCCACUGCCACGGCUGCGUAGCUUCCAAACGCCUCAUGAUCAAGAACCCUGACUGCUUUGAAGGAGUUCCCUUGAGUCUCUAUCUCGCCAAGAAUGUGGAGUUUCUGACGGAUGUCAAGGCACCCGAAACAUCGUCCAAGUUUGGCUUUGUCAAGGUGGGCGAGCACGGAAAGCUCCCUCGAAUCUACUGCAAGUCCUGCAAUUCGCAUGUCAUGAACCUCCCUGUCAAGGGUGUAGUUGCAUUCAACCGAUACUGCAUGUAUGAAGCAGAUGGAAUCACCAAGUACAACCCUGAAGGAUUGUUGAACGUCAACGCCAAACAUUCUUUUGAUCCCUCCAAGGUCCCGGAACCCAAGCAUGAUACUUUUGGUCCCAUUGGCUCUGUCCUCUGGGAGAUUGCUCCGAGUAUGAUUGCUACCAAACUUCCUGGAGCAGCCGAUAUUUCCAAGGAUCAUAAAGGUCUCUUUCCUGAUCCCAGCACGAUGGAAGUUGCUGAAAUCACUUGGUAGUCAGAGGAGCUACGCGAAUGCUAGCAUACACUGCUCUGUUCUGCGUAUAAGAGGUUUCAGCAAGUGUGCGAAAAGAAGUAAGUAAGCGAUGGAUGAGGAAUUGUGAGAAUAGAAAGAUUCAAAGGACAUCGACAGUGGUAACUUUGAAAGUAGGACUGAUCGUUCGUUUACGUGUAUUCCAAAGGCACCUAGGCCACAACACCUCCAACUGCCCGAUAUCACCCCUUUUUGGCGGUCGAUAUGGGCCAUUUCGGGACGAUAUCGUAGAUUGGGGCCCCAGAUAUGGUCUGGGUACCAGCGUACCAGCCCCAGCAUCCACAUUGUUCAUUUAGACAUAUAAGAAGUUGCUUCAACUAUCCCCAUCAUGCCAUGUACCUGGGAGUGCUCUACAAUAGCCACACCGCACAAUUUUACUAGCAGUUGGCACAGGACAACUCGUAGACCACACGGACACCAUCGGUAGGGGCCAGGCAGGUCAACCCCACGAAAGUUUAUCCCC